AUGGAAGAUUAUACCAAAAUAGAGAAAACUGGAGAAAGUACCUAUGGAGUUGUGUAUAAGGGUAGACACAUAACUACAGGUCAAGUGGUAGCCAUGAAAAAAAUCCGACUAGAGGAAGAGGUUCCUAGUACUGCAAUUUGGGAAAUUUCUCUAUUAAAACAACUUCGUCAUCCAAAUAUAGUCAGUCUUCAGGAUGUGCUUAUGGAGGAUUCCAGGUUAUAUCUCACCUUCGAAUUUCUUUCCACGGAUCUGAAGAAAUACUUGGAUUCUACUCCUCCUGGUCAACACAUGGAUUCUUCACUUGUUAAGAGUUAUUUGUACCAAAUCCUACAGGAGAUUGUGUUUUUUCACUCUAGAAGAGUUCUUCACAGAGACUUAAAACCUCUAAAUCUCUGGACUGAUGACAAAGGAACAAUUCAACCCACUGAUUUUGGCCUUGCCAGAACUUUUGGAAUACCUAUUAGAGUAUAUACACAUGAGGUAGUAACACUCUGGUAUAGAUUGCCAGAAGUAUUGCUGGGGUCACCUAGUUACUUGACUCCAGUGAUUGGAGUAUAG